AUGGGUGAUGUUACAUAUAAAGAUGGAAUCGCCAUUCUCCAACUCGGCAUUUUUCCUUUCAUUCUUGUCGCUUCCAUUUUCAUCUGGAAACGGACAGGCUGGAGAACCGGCGCCAAGAUCUGGCGAUACCCCUUCACACUUUCCCUCAUUCGACUGGCUGGCAGUAUUGCCAGUUUGAUUUCAAUUAACAAUAAUUCGAAAAAUGUCGAAAUUGCCGUUUUUGUGUGCGAAUUGAUUGGCAUUGCACCUCUUUUACUAGCUUAUGUCGGAAUGCUAAGAUUAAUUGAUUUGGAAAACCACAUUCCUCCUCGUCCUCUCGCUGUGGUGACUCUUAUGGGCAUCAUCGGCCUAAUCCUUGGUAUAGUCGGAGUCAGCAAGGCCCAGUCAACCAUUCCAGGAACACUCACCAAAGCAGCCAUGGGCCUCUUCUUGGCUGUAUAUGUUAUCACCAUGGUUCUGACUGCUUGGUUAUUCCAAUCAUAUUCUGUGGCAAUGCUGAGUUAUCAGAAAAAGCUGUUUCUUGCUAUUGCCUUGUCUGCUCCCUUCCUGUUGGUUCGAUUGAUAUACUCAGCCCUAGGCGAUUACACCUCUUCUGUGCAUUUCUCAAUGCAAUCACUAAUCGAAAAUAACCACACCAGUGUCACUGUCUACCUGUGCAUGUCUGUUCUGGAAGAGAUUAUCUCCAUGGUCAUCGCUAUGGUCUUUGGCGUCUUGGCUGUUCUGUCGUCGGACUUUGUGAAGCCUAAUCCGGAAGGGGAGGUUGAAAUGAAUCGGAAGUAG